AUGCCCCGCCCCAAAACAAAACUGGAACCGAUGCUUUUGAGGGAGGAGUCUAACAGAAGUUCUGACUGUCUGAAUCUCAACAAUGCAAUCUAUGCAAUCCCUCCUUUCUUCCAGGACCGCCGUGAGAAAGGACCGGAACUCUUGAGACUCUACCAUCAGACGUUCACAGAGGUCCAUGGACAAGAGAUUUUCUCAUUCGAAGAACUACAAGACUCGUAUAAUCUUCACUUCCCAAUGGCUGCAAUGCUAAUUAUCCCUGGUUCAAUAUCCUUCAUGGCAAACGGAGAAAUGACUGAAAAUGAGAAAGAGGAGACUUUGGAGAAGAUCACUGCACUUAUGGACGAUGUGCUGGAAGUUCAUGAGUUGAAUUUGAAAAAAUUCCCCGAUUUUAUGAGAGUUUGA